CCGCCCCGCGCGCUGUCAGAUCCCGGCCGCGGAGGCCCACGACCGACAGCGCCGCCUUCCUCCGCCCCGGCCGCGCCAUGGCCGCCCCCGACCUGUCCACCAACCUCCAGGAGGAAGCCACCUGCGCCAUCUGCCUUGACUACUUCACGGACCCGGUGAUGACCGACUGCGGCCACAACUUCUGCCGCGAGUGCAUCCGGCGCUGCUGGGGCCAGCCCGAGGGCCCGUACGCCUGCCCCGAGUGCCGCGAGCUGUCCCCGCAGAGGAACCUGCGGCCCAACCGCCCGCUCGCCAAGAUGGCCGAGAUGGCGCGGCGCCUGCACCCGCCGUCGCCCGUCCCGCAGGGUGUGUGCGCCGCGCACCGCGAGCCGCUGGCUGCCUUCUGCGGCGACGAGCUGCGCCUACUGUGUGCGGCUUGCGAGCGCUCGGGGGAGCACUGGACGCACCGCGUGCGCCCGCUGCAGGACGCGGCGGAAGACCUCAAGGGGAAGCUGGAGAAGUCCUUGGAGCACCUGCGGAAGCAAAUGGAGGACGCACUGCUGUUCCAGGCCCAGGCUGAGGAGACCUGUGCCUUGUGGCAGAAGAUGGUGGACAGCCAGCGGCAGAAUGUGCUGACAGAGUUCGAGCGGCUGCGUCGGCUGCUUGCCGAGGAGGAGCAGCGCCUGCUGCAGAGGCUCGAGGAGGAGGAGCUCGAGGUGCUGCCCCCGCUCCGGGACAGCGCUGCCCGCCUGGGCCAGCAGAGCGCCCGGCUGGCCGAGCUCAUUGCUGAGCUGGAGGGGCGCUGCCAGCUGCCGGCGCUGGGGCUGUUGCAGGACAUCAGGGACACCCUGCGAAGGGUCCAGGAUGUGAAGCUGCAGCCACCGGAGCUGGUGCCGAUGGAGAUGAGGACAGUGUGCAGGGUUCCGGGGCUGGUGGACGCCCUGCGCAGAUUCCGAGGGGACGUGACCCUGGACCCUGACACCGCCAACCCCGAGUUGGUCCUGUCAGAAGACAGGAGGAGUGUGCGCCGGGGGGACCUGCGGCAGGUGCUGCCCGACAGUCCUGAGCGGUUCGACCCCGGGCCCUGCGUGCUGGGCCGGGAGCCCCUCACCUCCGGCCGCCACUACUGGGAGGUGGAAGUGGGGGAGCGGGCCAGCUGGGCGCUAGGGGUCUGCAGGGAGAACGCCAACCGCAAAGAGAAGGGCGAGCUGUUCUCGGGCAACGGCUUUUGGAUCCUGGUGUUCCUGGGCAGCUACUAUAACUCGUCAGAGCGGGCCUUCACUCCCCUGCGGGACCCGCCCCGGCGCGUGGGCGUCUUCCUGGACUAUGAGGCCGGACACCUGUCCUUCUACAGCGCCGCCGACGGCUCCCUCUUGUAUGCCUUCCCUGAGACCCCCUUCUCGGGGACCCUGCGGGCCCUCUUCUCGCCUCUGUCCAGCAGCCCGACCCCCAUGACCAUCUGCAGGCCAAAAGGCGGGCCUGGGGACUCCCUGGCUCCACAGUGAGGGGCCUCCCUGCUGCC